CUUUUGAUUUGAAAUCAUUUUCACUCAAAAAACUAUACCAAAGACAAAAUGCUGAAAAUAGUAGCCUUACUAUUAGUCUCGACUUAUGUCUCCGCCAUUCCCUUUGGCUUUUCGUGUGGAACGAGCGGCGGCGCUAGCGGUGGAGCCAACGGUAAUGUCAACGUUGACGCCAGCGUUGGUCUACCGAAGUUAGGUUUGGGCGGUCUGUUUGAUCUGGUUCAUAAAGUUGGUGGAGGACUUGAGAGCACCAUCGGCGGUGCCAUUAAACAGGGCACCGGUGCGGUGGGUGGCAUUACCACCGGCAUCAGCGGUGCCAUUGGCCAGAGUCACGAUGCUCUUGGUCAUAUUACCGAUCAAUUC